AGCCGAGUGGCGGCGGCGGCGGCGGCGGCGGCGGCGGUGGUGGUGGUGGUAAUGGCGGAGCUGGUACAGGGGCAGAGUGCUCCGGUGGGCAUGAAAGCCGAAGGCUUCGUGGACGCUCUGCACCGGGUCCGGCAGAUUGCUGCUAAAAUUGAUUCAAUUCCUCACUUGAAUAAUUCCACACCUCUAGUGGACCCCUCAGUGUACGGAUAUGGAGUACAGAAGCGGCCCUUGGAUGACGGAGUAGGUAACCAGUUAGGGGCCUUGGUACAUCAAAGGGCGGUCAUAACAGAAGAAUUCAAAGUGCCUGAUAAAAUGGUUGGGUUUAUUAUUGGCAGGGGAGGUGAGCAGAUUUCACGAAUUCAAGCAGAAUCUGGUUGCAAAAUUCAGAUUGCUUCAGAGAGUUCUGGGAUUCCAGAGAGGCCCUGUGUACUUACCGGAACCCCAGAAAGUAUUGAACAAGCCAAGCGACUCCUGGGGCAGAUCGUGGACCGCUGUCGGAACGGCCCUGGCUUUCACAAUGAUGUAGACGGCAACAACACGAUCCAGGAAAUUCUUAUCCCAGCAUCUAAAGUGGGGCUGGUCAUCGGCAAAGGAGGAGAAACAAUCAAGCAGCUGCAGGAGCGCACGGGGGUGAAGAUGGUCAUGAUCCAGGACGGCCCGCUGCCCACGGGCGCAGACAAGCCUCUCCGCAUCACUGGGGACCCCUUCAAAGUCCAGCAAGCGAGAGAAAUGGUACUAGAGAUCAUCCGAGAAAAAGACCAGGCUGACUUCCGAGGUGUGCGUGGUGACUUCAGCUCCCGGCUGGGAGGAGGCAGCAUAGAGGUGUCUGUGCCUCGGUUCGCUGUUGGGAUCGUGAUAGGAAGGAACGGGGAGAUGAUCAAGAAGAUCCAGAACGAUGCAGGUGUGAGGAUUCAGUUUAAACCAGAUGACGGGGUUAGUCCAGAAAGAGCAGCCCAGGUCAUGGGCCCUCCAGACCGGUGUCAGCACGCAGCACACAUCAUCAACGAGCUGAUCCUCACGGCCCAGGAAAGAGAUGGCUUCGGAGGCCUAGCAGUAGCCAGAGGUAGAGGCCGCAGCCGAGGCGACUGGAACAUGGGGACUGCUGGUGGCGUCCAGGAGAUCACAUACACCGUGCCGGCGGACAAGUGUGGCCUCGUCAUAGGCAAAGGGGGCGAGAACAUCAAGAGCAUCAACCAACAGUCAGGCGCACACGUCGAGCUGCAGAGGAACCCCCCUCCCAACACUGACCCCAGCCUGCGGAUAUUCACCAUCCGGGGCGUCCCGCAGCAGAUCGAGGUGGCCAGACAUCUCAUAGACGAGAAAGUGGGCGGAACCGGCCUCGGUGCCGCUGGAGCCUUCGGACAGAGCCCCUUCAGCCAGCCGCCUGCCGGCCCCCACCAAAACACCUUUCCUCCGAGGGGCUCAGGCUGCUUCCCCAACCUCGCUGCUAAGGUGAACGGAAACCCCCACAGCGCCCCCGUGAGUGGCCCUCCAGCCUUCCUGACCCAGGGCUGGGGCAGCACCUACCAGGCUUGGCAGCAGCCCACACAGCAGGUCCCAAGCCAGCAGAGCCAGCCGCAGAGCAGCCAGCCUGACUAUGGCAAGGCCUGGGAGGACUACUACAAGAAGCAGAGUCACCCGGGUCACGCCGCCAGCGGGGCUCCUCAGGCCAGCUCACCACCCGACUACACAAUGGCCUGGGCGGAGUACUACCGGCAGCAGGUGGCCUUCUACGGGCAGACACUAGGGCAGGCACAGGCCCAUAGCCAGGAGCAGUAGAGCCGCCCGCCCACCGCUCCCCACCACGCUCCCCGCAGUUCAGCGAGGAGGCGGCCUGUUCGCCACAGAGGUUUCGAUGAAGAACCCAUGUUUUGUUCUGUGAAACACUAUAUUUAGAUUAACAGAGUAUUUCUAAAAAUCAGGAAAAUUAGUUACUAAAAAUUGCUGAUAAUUUUUGCUUCAUUGUUUCUGUUUGUUAUUUCAAAUGUGUGAGCUCUGGGAUUCUUUUCAGGCCAGAGCGCGCCUUGGAGCAGACAUUUCAACAUGGUGAUUUUUGUUUUGUUUUGUUCUGUUUUAUUUUGUUUUUGUCUUUUUAUUUACAGUUUUUUUUUCUGUUGCAACAGAAAGUGGCUUGGAAGUCUUAGGUAGUAUGUAACAAAUUCUUUAAAAAUUUUUAAACAGUAUUUAAAUAUUCUUAAAUGUGUAAAUUCAUUAAGUGUUUUUACUUCUAAUUUCUUGUAUCUUGGCUAUCUGGUUUUAUUGCAUUUUUUAAAAACCUGAACUAUUAUGUAUUGUAAUUAAUUAUGUGAAUUCUGAAUUGAGACAGAUAAUUGUAUUGCUGUCCAACAGGGCUUGGGAGGGGACAUUUUGUAGGGUUUGUAUAAUUUCUAGAGUUGUAAGGGGUAAUAUAAACAUGUGUGGAUGUGUUUAGCAGACGUUUUUUUCAUGUCUCAUUACCGGUUGCAAUUGUGUAUCUAAGACCUCCAAGCUGGUUUUAAAAACAAAACAAAAAACCUUUAUUCUCUCAGAAAUAUAAAUACUGUUAUUUUUAAUAUUAAAAAGAAAUUCAGUAUAACUUUUAACAAACACUGUGGAACAUUAAACCGUAUAAAAAUGUAGUAACUAUUUUUUAAUUCCAAGGUGUUUUUUGCUUUUUUCUUUUAAAUAUUUUCUUAAUAUUUGUCAGAUUAACUAGAUGAAUAAAUAAACCUAGUAUUAACCACAGUAUGAAUUAAAUAAUUGUGAUUUAAUAAAGGGAUGAUAUGAUUUCUGAUGUUUACUGUAGCGUAUCUUGUACAGAUAACAUGUAUUUUUAAAGGAAAAAAACGGAAUCGAAGCUAUUUUUUCUUGCAUUUUUUUCUUGACCUGAAGGACAUUCCGUUUGAAAUGUACUGAAGUUAGUUUCUGGUUUUUCCUCCUUAUUUUCCUUACAAUGCUUGAAAUGUCUAACUAUUAAAAAGGAAUUGGAGAAUGUUAUGCAUGUUGUUUUUAAAAGGUGUUCUUUUUAUUUGACUGACAAUUCAUUUUCCACGCUAUAUAAUAAAAUCUCCACAAGACGUGGGUCCUGUGGACGCAGCAUCUCUG